AUGACAAAGGGUCGUGCUCUGAGAAAGCAGAAGACAAAGGACCUGAGCAGCUGGUUCCUCACACGGGACAAGAGGGCAACACAGAACAGGGCAGAUCAGGAAGCCUCGGAGGCAGCUUGGCUUCCGUGCAAACUCCUGCUUGACUUCAUGCGCUGCAGAGCAGAAAACAAAUCCAGUGUGUUGAUGCUUGCAGGCUGUAAAACGGAAUGGGACAACGUUGGAUGCUGGAGGACAGCCGACGUGGGUCAGGUGGCCAACGUGUCGUGCUCUGACGUCUUCCAGCAUUUCUCCAGCAGCCAAGGGUUUGUUUACAGGAACUGCACUGCAGACGGCUGGUCAGACAUGUAUCCGCCCUACGAGGAGGUCUGUGUUUUCAGUGACGACGGCGAGCCGGAAUCGGAGACCAAAUAUCUCUACACCUUCAGACAAGUCUACACUGUCGGCUACGCCACCUCGCUCAUCUCCCUCAUCACGGCCGUUGUGGUGUUCACAGCAUUCAGAAAGUUCCGCUGCACCAGGAACUACAUCCACAUCAACUUGUUCUCCUCCUUCAUCCUGAGAGCCAGCGCUGUUUUCAUCAAAGACACCGUGCUGUUUGCUGACCAGACGCUGGACCACUGCUCCAUGUCCACCACGGCGUGCAAGUCCGCUGUGGCCUUCUUCCAGUUUAGCAUCCUGGCCAAUUACUUCUGGCUGCUGGUGGAGGGCAUGUAUCUGCAGACCCUCCUGGCUCUGACCUUCGUCUCCCAGAGGAAAUACUUCUGGUGGUACAUCCUGAUUGGAUGGGGGCUCCCGUCUGCCAUUCUCAUACUUUGGAUCCUGACCAGAUUCUUCUUUGACAACAGAGGCUGCUGGGAUGACACGGACAAUGUUGGCAUCUGGUGGAUCAUCAAAGGGCCAAUCACUGCUUCACUGCUGGUCAACAUCGUCAUCUUCGUCAACGUGAUCCGCAUUCUGGUCCAGAAGCUCAGAUCUUCAACCAUGUCUGGCAACAACGACACUGGACAUUUUGUAAGGCUGGCUAAAUCCACGCUCUUCCUCAUCCCUUUGUUUGGAAUGCACUACACGGUUUUCGCCUUCCUGCCUGAAACCACGGGAGUGGCAGCAAGACUCUACAUCGAGCUGGGCCUAGGAUCCUUUCAGGGUUUUGUGGUGGCUCUGCUUUACUGCUUCAUGAAUGGAGAGGUCCAAACAGAGCUGCGGAGAUGGCUGUGGAAGUGUCACAACCAGAGCCAUCGCACCCCCGCCAAGCGAAGCAUGGCUCAGAUCACGGUUCGAUGCCACGGGGGCCUGCGGAGGCCUCCUUCCACUGGCAACGUGUCGUCGGUAUGAGGCCAAUGUUCUUUACCAACACUGAAUGGACAAUAUUGAACAGCUGCUACAAGGAAAGCCACAGGAGUGUAUAUCGCAUGUAUUGGACAUGACUGCUGGAAGGUGGCGCUGUGGAGUCGAGUAUUAUUUAUCACAGCGGUGUCUCAUUCCCAUUUUGACCCCGCGAGAUGACAGUAUAAUCCAAUAAACAACCUUCCCUUGCAGGGGGUUUGCACUGGAUCUCCAGGGGUAUGUCAGGUAGCAAUUUGUUGCCAUCUUGCGAGUAUUCCAAGAAGUUCAGGUCAGUGACCAUGAUGUGUACUAUCUUCACAUCUACACAUUUCCUAGUCAUGGUGCAGGAAAACAACAAAAAAGAACCAACACAAAAAGUCAACACACAAGGUCACACAUAAUACAACCCGCUCACUGAACUUUGUGGAUAUUACAUGAAAAAUGAUCCAUUAUCAUAAAAAAAAAAAAAAAAAAAGGUAAUUGCACCCAUUUAAAUCCAUUGCAAAGCAUGAUGGGAAAAUGCAGAACAUUCUCUCCACACUUAUCCAUGUUAGACUUCUAGCUGCGGGCAGCACGGUGGGACAGGGGUUAGUGCCUU